AUGUCCCAGAAACACCAUUUCUUCUACAGAUUUACAGUCCUGACCAAAUCAGACAAAAUCCCAGAUUUCACAGCUGAGGCUGUGGUUGAUGACAGACGGAUGAAACAAUACAAUAAUGAAGCUGAAAACUGGAUAGGAGUGACUCUGUUUGAAUUUGAGGGGAUCGAAGCUCUUGGAGAACCAUAUGAUCCUAGAGACUGGUACAAAGAUCAGCUAAAGAUUGUGUCAAACUGCACACAGUGUUCUGAGCUUCAUGUUCUUCAGAGAAUAAUUGGCUGUAAACUGGAGAAAUUUCCUAAUGGAACAGUGAUGAAGCUGCCUGUCUUUGAUGAAUAUGGAUUUGAUGGAAAUGAUCUUAUGGCCUUUAAUUAUGACACUCUGCAGUGGAUUGAUAAAAGUCCAAAUGCAAAAGAAAUCAAAAAGGAUUGGGAUCGUCACACAGAACGCAAACAGUGCUUGCACCAAUACCUCAAUGACUGCAUGGACUGGAUCUCCACACUUAACAACACAAAUAACACUUUACCAGAUGUUCACAUCUUUGCAAAGAAAGCUUCUGAUGAUCACAGUAAGCUGGUCCUCACCUGUCUGGCCACUGGCUUUUACCCCAGAGAUAUUGAGAUGUACAUUAGAUUGGAAGAAUCUAUUCUUGCGGAUCAAACAUCUUCUGGAAUCAGACCAAAUGCUGAUGAAACCUUUCAGAUGAGAACCAGUGUGGAGAUUGACAGAAACCACAAAGGAUCUUAUGACUGUUUUGUCAUUCACAGCAGUCUGAAAAAAACACUUUCAACAAAAUGGGAUGGAAAAUGUUCUAACUGUGAAACAUUACGAUGGCUUGUUAUAACUGGAGGAACAAUAGUAGCAUCUGUUCUAGCUUUCGCUGUGUACUGGUACAUUGACAAAAAGAAAGGGUCAAGUGAAUCUAUCCUAGCUCUGAGGAGAAAUCAUCCCAAUAAUUAUGGUGCAGUGAGUGAGCAGAUACCGAUGAGCAGUGCAGCGUGUGCUGAUACGUCUGAUGAAGAGCUCAGUGCUGAUUAAUGUACAGAUUCGACUGGGAUGUGAACAGGUUUUUCAUUUCAUUUUCAUUCUGAAUGGACACUGUAUUCUAAUUAUCCAGACCAGUUCAGCAAAAAAAAAAUAAAAAAAAGCCUUUUGUUUUCGGUUCAUGUUUUUUUUUUUUUUUUAUGUCAGCAUUUUCUAAUCUGUCUGCUAUUACGACAGUCACUGUUUAUGACGUUGUUUAUGCUCAGCUGAAAUAUGACGUUGCUUUUCACAUUUGAGAGUUUCUUGAAACAUUUGUGACCCUGGACCACAAAACCAGUCUUAAGUCGCUGGAGUAUAUUUGUAGCAAUAGCCAACAAUGCAUUGUAUGGGUCAAAAUGACCGAUUUUUCUUUUAUGCCAAAAAUCAUUAGGAUAUUAAGUAAAGAUCAUGUUCCAUGAAGAUAUUUUAUAAAUUUAUUACCGUAAAUGUAUCAAAACUUAAUGUUUGAUUAGUAAUAUGCAUUAAGAACUUCAUUUGAACAACUUUAAAGGCGAUUUUCUCAAUAUUUAGAUUUUUUCUGCACCCUAAGAUUCCAGAUUUUCAAAUACCGUAUUGUCCCGAAUAUAAGAUGACCCUGAUUAUAA